CCGCCAUUUUGAUAACGUUUUGGUCAGUGUAUGUUCUUGUGUUAAAUUUAAACUCAUUUCCUAUUUCUUAGCGAACUCAGUGUCCCAAUAGACAUAAUUCAGCAAACUGCAAUGACAACGAUGGCGGCGUAUAUACGAGUUGCGGAAGACGAAGGCGAUGAACCGAUUGAGAUGCCCCUUGAGGAAGACGGCAGCAUUUUGUUGUCCACCAUUUUAGCACAAUAUCCAGGUUGCUGUGGGCUUCGCUACAGAAAUCCCGAUACAGGAGGUAUCAGAGGUUUGCGAGUUGUCGAUGGUGCAAUCCAUCCAGCUGACGGAAUGUGGAGUGAUGUGUGUUACUUGGGUGUUUUCCCUAAAGACAACAAAAGAAAACCUGAAGAAACACUAGAGACACCAGUUGGAAAGACACGCCGAGUUGAAAAACAGAAAUGCACAGAUUUGAUCGUUUUAGGAUUACCAUGGAAAACUACAGAAGAAGAACUUAAAGAAUACUUCAGUGAUUUUGGAGAAUUGCUAAUGUCACAAGUUAAAAAGGACCCCAAGACAGGAAACUCAAAAGGAUUUGGUUUUGUGCGUUUUAAAGAUUAUGAAACGCAACUGAAAGUGAUGUCACAGAGGCAUAACAUAGAUGGUCGAUGGUGUGAUGUGAAAAUACCAUUUUCAAAGGGAGAUAUGAGUUUACCAAAUGCUGGUAGGAAAGUGUUUGUUGGCAGAGUCACUGAAGACAUCACAAAAGAAGAUCUUUACAGUUACUUUACACAGUUUGGUGAAGUUGUUGAUGUUUUCAUUCCAAAACCAUUCCGGUUCUUUGCUUUUGUCACAUUCGCUGAUGCCGAGGUGGCUCAGAGUUUAUGCGGUGAAGAUUUGAUUGUGAAGGGUAACAGUGUACAUGUGAGCAAUGCUGAACCAAAGAAUUACCAGCAAGGUAAAGGUGGCGGUGGUGGUGGCGGAGGUAAUAUGGGAUAUGGCCAAAUGAAAGUACAAGACAAUCAAGGUACAGAAUUAUUGUAUUCUCCUAUACUUCACUCUCAGAAUGUGAUGCAUUGA